AUGGACACUCCGAAUUCACGCCAGCGGUUGCGCCCGAUAUGCAGGUGCCUCUUGUGGACCUUGGGCAUUCCUAUUGGCGCCUUUUUCGCGUACACAACAAGUUUCUAUGUUCUUGAACUCGUCAAUGAACUGCGCUUUCCUCAUAAUUCGUUAUACAACACCAAACUCGGCGCAGAGUCUAAGGUCAUUGGCCCUCUUAUAUCAGAUACCCAAACAUUCGACAUAGCGGUUACCGUAUGGGCAACGAGGCCGUCAGAAAAUAAAAUACCAGUCCCUCGAUACCGAAGGAUUCAGAACGAAUAUCCAUUAUUUUCCAACAUCGUAUUCCGUGGUCUUCAACUCCACCAGAAACAUGCAUCUACAAUCGUCAAAUUCCGACUGCCCACUUCAAGCUUCCGAAAUGCCGCUCUUACCGAGUCGAGUCUACGCGCUAGCUUCGUUCUGAUGCCAACGACUCCGUCUUCAAUCGAUCAUAUAAAGGGUUUUACUUCGUGGAUGCCAGACUCCGUCUUUGCCAAAAGACCGCCUAGUCGUGCUUGGCCUUUUCCUCUAGGUUCACAAAACAGUGCAAGGAGGAGUCUAGCAGACGAAGCCCUCGAUUCUUUCUCCAUAUCUGUGCCGUUACUCGAAUUCCAUGAUUCAGCGAGUCGUUGCCCUGCCGGUUCAAAUGGAGAACACGGACCCAGUGUCGCUAACCAUCCUCAUGUUGUUACUAGGACGCAGCUCAGGAUCAUUCGUGAGACCGGUUUCUUCAAUGCGGCAGCUUAUAACGCCGUCCGAAAUGAGAUCAGGCUGCAUUCAUGUGGGCAGGGUAUUCCCGUCAUUGGAUAA